AUGAAGAUCUCCAUUUCAAUUGCGCAAACCGAAACAAUCCUUUCCGUCCAUGUCCCGAACGAUAUGUCUCUUUUGGACUUACGAGCUUAUCUUGAAGCGGAAGAUUCAGCCAUUUCUGGAAAUUGGAAACUCUCUUUGAAUUCGAAAACGUUCACGGAAGAAGAUACUUCCAAGACAUUGGAGGAAUUGGGAAUCAAGGAUAAUGAUCUAUUACUAAUUUCCACCAGCACUGCCACAGCUAAUGGUCCAUCAUCUUCAACUACUACCACUAAUAACGCGGGUGCCGCCGCCUUGGAAGAUCAAAGAAUUGAGGAACUUAGAUGCCAACUCUUAAAUGAACCACAAAUUAGAGCUCAGUACCCGCCAGAAAUGUUAGAUACUUUAAAUGAACCUGAACAAUUCAAGUUAUUUUUCAAAUCACUAAUGCGCCAGGGCAUUCAAGGAAAUGCAGUAAAUUCAGCCAACAUCCAUGGAGAUCCUGAUGAUCCAGAGAACCAGAAGAGAAUCUUAGAAAUGAUUCAACAAGAGCAAAUUGAAGAGAAUAUGAGGAACGCUCUCGAAUACUCCCCAGAGACUUUUGCGACCGUCAGCAUGCUUUAUGUUGAUGUUGAGCUUAAUGGCCACAAAGUUAAAGCUUUUGUGGAUUCGGGGGCUCAACGUACUAUCUUGUCACAAAAGAUGGCCGAGGAAUGUGGAAUUUCAAGAUUGAUUGAUCGUCGUUUCCGCGGAAUUGCCGCUGGUGUCGGAUCAGGCGAAAUCAUUGGACAAAUUCAUUCUGCCACUAUCAAAAUUGAUAAGUAUUUCUUCCCUUGCUCAUUCACCAUCCUAGAUACUAACGUAGAUUUUCUCUUGGGUCUCGAUAUGUUAAAGCGUCACCAGGGCAUCAUUGAUCUCAAGAAUAAUAAGUUAGUUCUUGGUGAUGCAGAAGCUUCGUUCUUACCAGAAUCUCAAAUUCCAAGGAGUAUGUUUAAUUCAGGUGAAAAUUUACCUGGCUCUCUUGCUCCAAAUGGAUCACGCUUGGGCGGCAAUAUUUUUAGUGCUGAGAACCCAGCUCCAUCCAAGAAGGCAAAAGUCACUACUGAAGCUCCUAGCGCGGCUUCCUCUGCAGCCGGAAAUGCUGCUUUGUCGAGACUGGAUGUAACAACUGCUGCUCCUGCAUCUACUAGUACCUCCAGAAAAUAUACCGAUGCAACGAUCAAUCAAUUGGUUUCAUUGGGAUUCACGAGAGACCAAGUAAUAAAGGCAUUAGAUGCCACCGGCGGAAAUGCAGAAUUUGCUGCAUCUUAUUUAUUCCAAUGA